ACGAGUGGUUGGAAAGGAAUGGUUUCAAUGGACCUUGCAGUCUAGGAAAUCACAUUCGUUUCAAAAGACUUUCGGACUUGGCAUGCGUUUGAAAAGGGACUAUUAUACGUCCAAUAGUAUAUUCUCUACUAGUUUAAUAGGCAAUUUAACAGUUGUGACAAAAUAAAACUGUAUUUCUGACAACGUGACCAUGUUAACGGCGAGUGUUACAUUGCCUAGAAAAUAUAUUCAGCAUUUUAUUAUCUUCACGUAUCUGGCAUAAUCGACAAGACGACUAUGUUUCAUAAUGAAAUGCUCUUCGGUGUGAUUUUGUUUUUGUGAUGUAGCAUGCAUAAACGACGACAUGACUAUGAGACAUGCGUUUCUAAUAUUGAUUGGAAUAAGUCUAAUCAAAAGUUUACCACUCCGCCCAUCCGAUCUAAGAGGUAGCCAUGGUCACAUCAUUCAUUACCACAGAAACGACAGGGGUUCAACGGAACGACAUAUUCAUUUCCACCCACCUGUCACCAGGACUCAACCGUCUCAUACACUGCAGCAGUUCUUGCGACCCAACCUGUCAGAUCCGGGGACGCUUUAUGAAGUCCCAAGUAAUAGACAUUAUAACAGAGGCGACGAGACCGGAGAUAUAGAUGUGGCAAUUAAAGAACUAAGUGAUAAUACUGCAGAGGCACGAAAGGCCAUGGCACUUACUCAAUCUAGUUAUACAAUCAAAGGAGAUGACCAAGUACAUUUACCUUCUUUACAAGGAGUUAAAACUAAGACGAUUCGUCAUGCAGAUUUGCCGUUGAAUGAAGGCCUAAAUUUUCAACAGCAUAUUCAACAUGGCAAUCAAGACUUAAAAUAUCUGCGCGACAGAUUAGACGUUAUUGACGUACUUUCUAGGGGCAGUGGUGUUACAAAUAAUGCAACUAUUCAUACAGUGAAGGUAAAAAAUACAACAUCAACUGAUGCGAUACAACAAGGGGCUUUGAAGCAAAGCUUUUCGACUUUGAUACCCGGACACAUAGAUAAUCGCGUGAGUGUGUCUGGCAAAGUGGAAAGUAGUCAUACACAACAUACUAAUUUAUCAAGUAAUCGACACAAUCAAACUCAUGUGCGCGGAAGUUCCCAACAUAUUGGCAAAUCAAAGCAGGAUGAGAAACCACUUAAUUCCACCCAAAUUCGCAGUCAUAUACAACAGCAGAACUUGAAUGGGUCAACUGGGACAAAAAACGGUUCGAAGGUAUCGCAACUUAAUUGUAAAGAUAAACUAAUUAUUGGAAUGUUUAAAACCCAUUACAAUGAAAUGCGGAAUCUUCAAAUGGUACGGGAAACCAAACCACUUUACGAUAGUGUGCACACAGAAUUUCCGUUUGAAGAGGACUAUCAAAGAUCGACUAUUCAUACAGGACCAAUAACCAAACGAGGUGUUAUGAGCGACAUUUCACAGACAAGAUCGGACACAUUCAUCGACAAUUUGUUAAACAUUCGAUUUGCUGAAACAACUAUACAAACUUAUCUCUCUGAAACACAGCCAACUAUCGCGCUAGCAACAACUCAAGUUGUGACAACACCAGAAAUUAUUAGUGUAAAGUCAACGGCAACGCCUGAUACUAAAACACCAACAACCAUUAACGGAUCCCCGGUUGGGUCUUCAAAUACAACGCACGUUGCUCACAAUGAUUUGAUUCAGUUAAAUGGAAUACACAUAGUAUUUUCUAACGGACUUCAAAAUGCAAGCAAUCAAGUUCCAACCAUACAUUUAACAGCCUCUCUGACACCACCAGGUGCAAGCUCGCAAGGUAGCCAACAAGACAAAAGCAGCGAUACAUCAAACAACUUUGUAGAGAAAUUAGUUGGGACAGCUGUAAUACGCAAUGGACAUUUAUAUCUUGUGAUACAUCCUUUUGGCCCAAACAAAUCACUUGAUAUGAUAUUUAACAAAACGCACCAUAAACGAGUUAACAUGACUCCGUCACAAACCCAGUUACCAGUAACGGAAACUACGCAAAGAACAACUGUUACGACGACGCCAAUGCCGACAACGACGAAAGAGGGUGUUGUGGAUCUUCUUGCUGCUUUUGCCAGUGACUUUUUCAUUGAACAAAGUACCUUGGAUGAACAGCAUCAGCAUAUGCACCAUGACCAUCAAGCCCAUAUACAUUCUAAUUUAACAGCCACUGAAAGUGUUUUAAAACCAGUUCCAAGAUUUCUGUCUCCGUGGCAUAACAUAAGUUUGGCUAAAAUUAUCCCUUAUCCAGGAAGGAAUUCUUCAAAAAAUAUCGAGAAGAGGGAAGAUAACGAUUACGAGUUGUUUCAGUUUAUUGCAAACGCAUCUGAUCCCUUCGAGCAGAUACAAACUGUGAUUGAAGCAAUAGCUAAUGCUAGUAAGUUAAAUUAUUCAAGUGAUGGAGAUGCAUCAAACUCUAACGGUGGCAAUGCGGCUUUCAAUUUCGAAUUAAAAAUACAAAGUAGUAGUAUUUCCGAUACUUUUGACACGAAACCAACAACGCCACCUGUCGAUUCAUCGGAUGAAGCGACCGAUUCAAACAUUGACAGCUUAAACAUAAAAUCGCACAGCGAUCAAACCUCAUUAAUUAGUCAGCUUCCGACCACUGUAACGGCAGCAGCUGUAUUUUCGCUUAAUACUAACGAGUCAAACACUUUGCAGUCUGACCAAGCCCAACAAGUUCCUCGAGAGAGCGGAGCCCCAUGGUCUACAACAACACAGCAGUACCAGCCGAUCACGAAAGUUCCAGCUGAUCAGUCCCCCUUUCAUCCGAAACUUCCCGCUAUUGCAAAAGUGUAUCCAUCAGCUCAAACAACCGACGCACCGGAUUCAAGAACUACAAGCCCCUCGUCGGAUAUCUACGAAACCGUCGUCAGUACCGCUGUAACAGCCCCGACCACCCUAGAAUCCGUAUCGUCAACACGUAAAGUUACUGAACAAACGUUAUUUCAAACAACAUCUACAGAACCAAUGACCACUCCUGUGUCAACAACAUAUAUUACAUCCUCAACAACGACACCUACCUCGUACACAACUACACAAGAAGAAACGACAACUCAAUCGUCUACGUCUCCGACCACAGCAACUACAACUUCUACAACCAAGACUUCUGCAACUACGGCUGCAACGACCACAGAGAAAGCACCAAUCGUAACGUCUAAACCAACUAGUAAUUAUUUAAAUUUAUUUUCCGAUGUUUCUCCGAAUUUUGCACUUGUAAAUAAAGGAAGUGCUAUUUCGAAAACCGGUCAUACUGAGCAGGUCAACGCAAUAAAUAAGCUGAUUGAAGAUAUAAGAAGAAUUCAAUUCGAAAAUAUGUUUAAGUACAAAAAUACAAAAUAUGGCACAGGUCUUCCAAAUCUUCCGGAACCAAUUCGUGACACUGCCUCCCAAUUUAACCACAAACGUAUACAAGAUACUUCUCCUGUUCGCUCCAUGCAAACUCAAUUACCCUCUGUGAGGCACUCUAUCGCAAGUCACCAUAACACCGAUUUCAGCAGUCACCUUUCGGAUAUGAACAAUGUGCUAGACGCGAUGCUUGUGUUGUCCGUCGAUGACAUGCUUGCAGACCACACCAGUCUACAUGGAGCUCUGUUAGUUGGAUCGAGGUCCGAUACUCGUCGCGAGUAGUGCGAUUGGAGCGGCCAGAACAAACAGACUUCACACUACAGCUUAAGUAUGUCAUUGCGGUUUGUUCGCUCCAUGCAAACUCGGUUACCCUCUGUGAGGCUCUCUAUCGCAGGUCACCAUAACACCGAUUUCAGCAGUCACCUUUCGGAUAUGAACAAUGUGCUAGGCGCUAAACUUGUAUUGUUCGUCGAUGACAUGCUUGUAGACCACACAAGUCUGCAUGGUGCUUUGUUAGUUGCCUCGAGGUCCGAUACUCGUCGCGAGUAGUGCGAUUGGAGCGGCCAAAACACACAGACUUAAGACUUCAGCUUAAGUAUAUGUCAUUGCGGUUUACCGCAAUACAAAAUUGAUAUUAUUCGUGAGCAAAAGGUCAUGCAUAUAUGUAUGUAUAGGGCAUCUAAACCUGGAAAUGGACCUUGCGAAGAUUAUAUUGAUCGCAUUGUUAUUAUAAUACUACUGUUAUGAAAUGUGCAAUACUAUAAAAGAUGUUCUCGUUCAUGAACACGUGUGUCUGAAAUGUUACCAUUUUUGCCAUUCCAGAUUGUGUAGUUGUUAUUAGAAUUUUGUUACAUUUUCUGUGUCUUCAAUAACACAUAUUUAAGAGUGUUUAGACAUGACCGAACUUAAUUGUGUCGCUUCUUGGUGCAGUUUUGAUCAUGUAGAGAACUCGAACGAUUAACCUUAUAAAUACAUAAAUAAAAGUUAAUCGUAAGAAAUAAAUUGAUGACCUUCAAUUUUGACUAAGAGUCAAUUUGCUUGUGUAGGGUUUAAGUAACUGCUGAUUUCUUAUGCAGAUUGACACGAAUUGGGCAUUUAGCAUGUAUAAAGUUAAUUGUACUAAAAUUUGUAAAUGACAUGCGUUAGUGUGAUCAGAUUAUUCGAGUAUACAGAAAAGUAUUCCAACAAAAAGUGAAUAAACAGA